GACUGACUGCCGGUAGGUGGCCGGCAGCAAAGGAGUGGCAACGGUCAAACUAGGUUGAGUGUGACUAAUGCUUGUUGAUUGGUAUCGUGUGCUGUAUAAAUGGUCAAAGUUUGACCAAUAACUUUCAAAAUGGUGUUUUCAAAACACUUUUGAAAAAAAAACACCAUGACAUUGUGUUUUUCUACAAAAACACAACAAGAAAAUCACCUUGAUUACCAAACACGCCCUACAAAUUAUCGUGACCCAUGAACGGGUCGCACAUUUACCUAGACCCGAAACCCCCAGGCCGAAAAGCGAGAUCCCAAAGAACGCGAUUCGCCGAAUAGCAGAACCCAUUAGAAAAUCAAACCGACGACCGAAAAAAAACACUAGAUUUUCUUCCCAAUUCUACAUAAAAUCCGGCGACGGCGUCUACGGGAGAUUUGAUACCCUCCUUCCUCGUCGUCGAAAACCCUAAUUCUUCCCCAAUUUGUCAAAAGACUCCAUCGAGGACGAGCAAGAGAUCCAAUCUCCUCCUCCAUCGUCAGUUACUUGCUCGAUUUGAGUGAUUAGACUAUAUAUGGAUUUGGAGACGGAGAACCGCCUUGCUGCCUUAUUGAUGGAGGAGGCAAGGCGAUUGCGGGCUGAAGCUGAAAAAGAAGGUGUGCAUGCUUAUCUACGGCAGCCUAAUGUAAGGGGUCGCCCAAAUUCACGUUUCCUAACUGCCACUGUUCUUGGAGUGGAACAAGCAAAUAGAGCAGUGGAAGUGAACGAAAUGUGGCAUGCUCGGGAGAAGGAAAUGGAGCUCGAUAUGAAGCUAAAGAAUAGAGCAAGAAACAACGAUAUACACAAUAAUGAGAGGAGCUGUGGCAACUCCCGUAAAAGGGUUUCUUCCAGUUCAAGGCAUGAAGAAGCCUGUACAAGCUCCGCCUUACGUUCAGCAAGCAACCUUCGUCAUGGUGCUCAUGCUUGUUACUCAAGCGAGGAUGGUGGUCUGAGAGAUGACGAAGUGGAAGAGUUUCUCCUCUCAAGGGCUAAACGGGGUCGAGGUGCUAUUGGCUCAAGGAUGGAUGAACCUGGCCCCUAUCCUUCCAUAGAUGGCGAUGCUGGAAAAACGUUGGUUCACCCCGAGACGAGAGAGAAAGAAGAGUGGGAAAAUCGAAUUAUUGGUCCAGAGAAGCCAUCAUACAUAAAACUUCAAGAGUCUUCAGAUGAUGAAGUUAAUUAUACAGAUAGCUCGAAGAAAAAAAAUUGUUCUAAGGAGAAGAUGAAGAAGAGAUCGAGGAAGGAAAGAUCAGAAAGAAAGAAAAGUAGAGAGAAGAAAAAGAGCCAGCACCGACGCCAUAAGAGUCGAAGAAGUAGAGGUGAUUCAGAUUGAUCUGAUGAGUAAAUUAAGGGGACAAUACUUGCAUCAACGAGCGUUUGUAAUAUAUAUUUCACAAAGUGAGGGUGUUUCUUGAGAGCUGGUAUUAAUGUUCUCUUGGAGGUGCUGUAUUGAGACUGUGAAUAGUACAGACUGUUUGUUAUGCGCUCGUAUAAGUGAAAAUAUGAUACAAAAUCAUUGGAUGAAAUGAUCAUUUCUUCCUUAAAGUGAA